GUGUUUUCAUUCACUUCACUCCGUUCGAUCGUCGAAGCGGUCGUCGCGAUUCUGCUUGUGUGAUGUAGUUGAUUACGAAUUUCUAACCUCAAAUUUUAAUAUUUAACGUAUCGUAUACAGUUUUUUUUCGUAGCUAUGGUUCAUACUCCGUUCCGGAACAUUGGCGGCUUAUUUUUUUUGUUUUGUUUGAUUAAAUUUUCCUUUUUCGUGUGUGUUUUUGGACACAGAACUUGUAUUCAUGUUUACCCCAAACAUCAUCAGGUUCUUCAUUCAUAUGUCGAGCCGCAGCAUAUCGUUAAAAAGCGCAGUAUAAACCAGUCGUUAAGGAUUUUGCUCUACUACGAUCAAAGCGUGUACAGGCUGGACGAAGAACGAUUUGAUUUGAUUAACAAUACAAUUCUUCCGCAAGCGGUGACGUUUUGGGAAAAGGCCUUAUUCGUACGGAAAACGGAAAAUAUAAUAAGACUAACGAGAAAAUGUAGCGAUUCUCAAGUGUUUGUUAAAAAUGGCCAAACUUACUGUAUCGACGUGUGUAGCGAAAAAACCAUGUGCGGGGAAGUUGAAGUUCCCGACGACCAUCUGGACGCGUGUCGAGUAUGCAAUUCUACCGGUCAGCAAUGUAGGAUAAUGGAAGGAUCCACACCUGGCGGUGGCAUACCUGAUUUCGAUUUCGUAUUUUAUGUUUCCGCUAUGCAGACGGAAAGAUGUAAUAAGUCGCUUACCGUGGCGUACGCUUCACAUUGUCAGCAAGAAUCUGGUUUAGACAGGCCGAUCGCCGGCCACGCGAAUCUGUGUCCAGAGAGUAUACGUACGAAUCGGCAGGAGAUUGAAAUACUUUUAUCUACGGUCAAACAUGAAAUCCUCCACGCUUUGGGAUUUUCGGUGAGCCUGUUCGCGUUUUAUCGCGAUAGAGAUGGUAACCCUCUGACAGAGCGUAGCCCGGAAACCGGUAAACCUCCAUUGAACGAAUCAUUACAAACUUAUCAGUGGAGUGAUCGAGUAAUAAGCACGUACAGGAGACAUUGGAUGGUUAGAAGCGGUUACAUAGCUCGCGAUAUUCAAAUGCUGGUUACUCCCACCGUCGUAAAAGAAACUAGGAACUAUUUUAAUUGUUCCGAGCUAGAGGGGGCGGAGUUGGAAGAUCAAGGCGAAGAGGGAACGGUGCUUACCCAUUGGGAGAAGCGCGUUUUCGAGAACGAAGCUAUGACUGGAACUCACACUCAAAACCCGAUCAUAUCGCGUAUUACUCUUGCCCUAAUGGAAGAUACUGGGUGGUACAUCGCGAAUUACUCAAUGGCUGGUGAAAUGUCGUGGGGGAGGAACUUGGGAUGCGACUUUGCUACGAAAAGUUGCAAAGAGUGGAUGUACAUGAAAUCGUCAAGGGGAUUCUCGAUUCACCCCUUCUGCAACAAAGUCAAACGCGAUCCUUUACAAACGGAAUGCACCGACGAUAGAUUAUCUGUUGCUUUAUGCAAUCUCGUUAAGCACGAACAGGAACUGCCUCAAAUUUAUCAGAAUUUCGAUUAUUUGUCCAACGUCGAAACCGGCAACGAGGGCUUCUAUGGGGGGUCCGUUUCUUUGGCGGAUUAUUGUCCUUACAUUCAAGAGUUUACCUGGAAAUCGAACGAUAUUAUCGUAAGGGGUUCGCACUGUCAAUACAAGGAAAAUAACCCUAAGGCGGAUAAAAAUUUCGCCCUGGAAAAAUAUGCGAAGAACUCCAAGUGUUUCGAGCACACCAAUCACAUGUGGGAGGAAAAGUCCUGCGGACAGAUACGCCAGUGGAGGCACUGGGGGUCCGGAUGUUACGCUUACAGGUGCCAAAACGGCAGAUUGCACAUAUUGGUGGGCAAUUAUUCCUACGAGUGUUACCACGCGAAUCAAGAGAUUUCCAUCAGGAUAGUCAACAACGGUUGGCUGCACAGGGGCGGGAUCGUGUGUCCCCCCUGUAAGGAGAUUUGUGCCAAAGAGUUCGAAAGUCGUGGGGAAUAUUGCAAAAAGGGCGACGAGGCGCCCCCCUCAAUAUUUUAUCCCCGGGACGAUCUUCGCUGCGACUCUGACGUUUCCAAAGCGCGAUAUUUAGUGAUAAUCCUCUUGGUAUUUUUGCGUAAUUUGUUUUAGACGAAAUCGACUCGAUGAGCGUUCGCCGUCUGUCAAGACUGAUGUUUUAAUUAGUGUUUAUUAUGGAUUUCAGGGCGAACCGCUCGGUAUUGACGUUUUAAAUACUUGCACCCUGUCAUACGGGGUGUCCGAAAAACAUUCCCGGUGAGCUUGGCAGGAUAUUUGUUUGUCACGGCAACUGCUGCAAAUGCAUUCCUGCGUUUAAAUUAAUUUUAUUUUUCUUAUCGUCGUGCCAAUCGGUGUCGAUCGGCGGUUUCGAAAUGUUACAAAUUAGAUAUAACAGCGUAAAAGGUGAGAUUAGACUGUCAAUUGAAAGUAUUAUUUAGAAAUCCAUCAUUCUGGUGUGGACGCGAACGUGAGAAUGGGAAUUCUUAUUGAAAAGCCUUUUUUUGGGCCUAGCCAUUUUAGAAUAUUUUUUUGUCUUGUA